ACACAACACAACAAAACACAACAGUACUAGUAAUCGCUCUUUAUUUAAAUCCUUUCCAAAACAAAACCUAUCUAGUCCCCCACACCUCACUUUUUCUCUUCUCUUAAUAUUUAAUACCCACCCCACCACUCUCUCACUUUGUUCCCAUACACGCACAAACAACAAAAAACGCGCAAACACUCUCUCUUCGCCCAUGAUUCCACUCUUUCCACCAUGCCUUCCUAUCCCAACUUCCACUUUUCCCUCUCAAGAUGUCUUGGACUACGUGGUCGCCAGAAUUUCACAACCAGCGACAGUGACAACAGCAGCAGCAAGAGCAACAACGCUAAUAAUGUCAACGAGGACAACCCCAUUUCGAACUCCGUGGAAUGCUACGCAUGCACCCAAGUGGGCGUACCGGUGUUCCACUCGACGAGCUGCGACGGUGCCCACCAACCCGAGUGGGAGGCCGGAGCGGGUUCGUACCUAGCACCCAUAAAGACCAGGAGCAGAAACCCGAGCCGAGGAGGGCCACCGUCGGGACCAUUCGGCCGAGUGUUGGACCCAAGGAGCAAGCGCGUGCAACGCUGGAACAGAGCGUUCUUGCUGGCACGGGGGAUGGCGUUGGCGGUGGACCCGUUGUUCUUCUACGCGCUGUCGAUAGGAAGAGGUGGGGAACCGUGCCUGUACAUGGACGGUGGAUUGGCGGCCAUAGUGACGGUGCUCCGGACUUGCGUAGACGCGGUGCACCUCUGCCACCUGUGGCUGCAGUUUAGGGUGGCGUACGUGUCGAGGGAGUCGCUGGUUGUGGGAUGCGGGAAACUGGUAUGGGACGCACGUGCCAUAGCCUCUCACUAUGUUCGCUCUCUCAAGGGCUUUUGGUUCGACGCCUUCGUCAUCCUCCCUGUCCCUCAGGCAGUAUUUUGGUUAGUAGUACCGAGGUUGAUAAGAGAAGAGCAGAUUAAAGUGAUAAUGACAAUACUUCUAUUAAUAUUCUUGUUCCAAUACCUCCCCAAGGUUUAUCACAGCAUUUAUUUGAUGAGAAGAAUGCAAAAAGUCACAGGUUACAUCUUUGGCACCAUUUGGUGGGGUUUUGGCCUCAAUCUUAUUGCCUACUUCAUUGCCUCUCAUGUUGCUGGAGGAUGCUGGUAUGUUCUUGCAAUACAACGUGUAGCAUCGUGCCUCCAGCAACAGUGUGAGAGAAGAGAUAAGUGCAAUCUCUCAUUGUCUUGCUCCGAGGAGGUUUGUUACCAGUUUCUGGUACCUACAGGCACAGCUGGAAAUCCAUGUGGUGGUAACUUAACAACCAUGGCCAGAAAGCCAUUGUGCUUAGAUGUUAAUGGGCCAUUCCAUUAUGGGAUCUACCAGUGGGCUCUUCCAGUCAUUUCUAGUAACUCAGUUUCUGUUAAGAUCCUUUAUCCCAUAUUUUGGGGCUUAAUGACUCUCAGCACUUUCGGCAAUGAUCUUGAGCCUACAAGUCACUGGCUAGAAGUGAUUUUCAGCAUAAUCAUUGUACUUAGUGGCCUGAUGCUCUUCACGUUGUUGAUAGGGAAUAUCCAGGUAUUCUUGCAUGCAGUCAUGGCAAAGAAGAGAAAAAUGCAGCUGAGAUGUCGAGACAUGGAAUGGUGGAUGAGGCGGAGACAGUUGCCUUCUCGACUAAGACAAAGAGUUCGCCAUUUUGAACGCCAAAGAUGGGCAAUUAUGGGGGGAGAAGAUGAGAUGGAAAUGAUCAAAGACCUUCCUGAAGGUCUUCGAAGGGACAUUAAGCGCUAUCUCUGCCUAGACCUUGUAAAGAAGGUGCCACUCUUCCACAACUUGGAUGAUCUUAUUCUUGACAACAUCUGUGAUCGGGUUAAGCCUCUUGUCUUCUCUAAAGACGAGAAGAUAAUCAGAGAAGGAGAUCCUGUACUGAGGAUAAUGUUCAUUGUUCGUGGACGUGUAAAACGUAGUCAAAGCCUAAGCAAAGGCAUGGUGGCCACAAGUAUACUUGAACCUGGAGGAUUUUUAGGUGAUGAACUUCUCUCUUGGUGCCUUCGCCGCCCGUUUAUGGAUCGCCUUCCAGCUUCAUCAGCAACAUUUAGUUGCAUUGAAUCAACAGAAGCAUUUAGCCUUGAUUCUGCCCAUCUUAGAUACAUCACUGAUCAUUUCCGCUACAAAUUUGGCAAUGAGAGACUCAAGCGAACUGCGAGAUAUUACUCAUCUAAUUGGCGAACAUGGGCUGCUGUGAUUAUACAAUUAGGUUGGCGCAGGUACAGGAUGAGGACCAGGGGUCCAAUGAUUCCUUGUGCCACUGAAAAUGGAAGCAGUGAGAGAAGGCUUCUGCAGUAUGCUGCAAUGUUCAUGUCGAUAAGGCCACAUGACCAUCUAGAAUAAAAUCAUGUCUGCAAUCUUUUCUUCAUCUUUCUUUUCUACCCCAUUAUUCAAUAAAAUCUUGUUCGUGUCAACCCCUAGAGUCACCGAUGAAGCCAUGGAAAUCGCAUUGGAUGUAAAAUAUGAGAGAUAGAAAAUUGCAUCUUUCCUCAAAGAAUAAUAAAAAUUUAUUUUUUGUUAGUUUUAAA